CUGGGAACGUAAAAGGGGCGCACUUCUUCUUCCAUUCAGCCGGUCCACGUCCUCGUCUUCUUCAAGCUCCAGGAUCGUCUUCUCGUUUGACUAAGCUUAUCUCUCGAACCAAACACCUCCUCAUCCUCCAUGCCAGCCCUCUCCGAGACCUACGCCUGUGUUCCCUCGACGGAGCGUGGCCGCGGAAUUCUCAUCUCCGGCGACCCCAAAUCCGACUCCGUCCUCUACACCAAUGGCAGAUCCGUCGUCAUCCUCGACCUCAAUAACCCUCUCAACGUCUCCAUCUAUGGAGAACACGCUUAUCCCGCCACCGUCGCCCGUUAUUCUCCCAACGGCGAGUGGAUCGCCUCCGCCGAUGUCUCCGGGACUGUCCGAAUCUGGGGGACGCACAACGAUCACGUGCUGAAGAAGGAGUUCAAGGUCUUGUCUGGUCGGAUCGACGAUCUCCAGUGGUCUCCCGAUGGGAUGCGGAUUGUCGCCUCCGGUGAUGGCAAAGGGAAGUCGCUUGUUCGUGCUUUCAUGUGGGAUUCAGGUACAAAUGUGGGUGAGUUUGAUGGUCACUCUAGGCGGGUUCUUAGCUGUGCCUUCAAGCCAACCAGACCAUUCCGCAUUGUAACAUGUGGAGAGGAUUUUCUGGUCAAUUUCUACGAGGGGCCUCCAUUCAAAUUCAAGCUCUCAUGCAGAGAUCAUUCCAAUUUUGUCAACUGUGUGAGGUUUGCCCCAGAUGGAAGCAAGUUCAUAAGUGUAAGUUCGGAUAAAAAAGGCAUCUUAUAUGAUGGAAAGACUGGUGAGAAAAUUGGAGAACUCUCUUCUGAUGGUGGGCAUAAAGGUAGCAUUUAUGCUGUUAGCUGGAGUCCCGAUGGUAAACAGGUUCUCACUGUCUCUGCAGACAAGUCAGCCAAAGUGUGGGAUAUAUCGGAGGAUGGUAAUGGGACAUUUAAGAAAACAUUGGACUGUCCUGGAUCUGGCGGUGUGGAUGAUAUGCUCGUCGGAUGCCUUUGGCAGAACGAUCAUAUUGUCACUGUUUCUCUGGGUGGCACGAUCAGCAUAUUCUCAGCAAGUGAUCUUGAUAAAACCCCGGUUCAGUUGUCAGGACACAUGAAGAAUGUCUCUUCCGUAGCCGUGCUUAAAGGAAGCCCUCAGUAUAUACUAUCCAGCAGCUAUGACGGCCUAAUUUGUAAAUGGAUGCAAGGCCGAGGCUUUUGCGGUAAAGUUCAACGAAAACAAAACUCUCAAAUUAAAUGCUUUACUGCUCAUGAUGAAGAAAUUAUGACAUCUGGAUUUGACAACAAGCUAUGGCGAGCUUCAUUUAAAGACGACCAAUGCACUGAUGAAGAGGCUAUCGACAUAGGUCAUCAGCCGAAUGAUUUAAGCCGUGCCCUUUUGUCUCCUGGUCUUGUUAUCGUGACCUUUGACUCAGGAGUUGUAUUGCUCCGUGGUGGGAAAGUUGCAUCAACUGUUAACUUGGGUUUCAAUGUGACUGCAUCUGCGAUAGCACCUGAUGGAACCGAAGCCGUCAUCGGUGGUCAGGACGGCAAACUGCAUGUGUACACUGUGAGUGGCGAUACACUCACAGAAGAGGCAGUUCUUGAGAAGCACAGAGGCGCUAUCAGCGUAAUACGCUACUCUCCAGAUUUAUCGAUGUUUGCAUCAGCUGAUUUGAAUAGAGAAGCUGUCAUCUGGGAUCGUGUCUCCAGAGAGGUGAAACUGAAGAACAUGUUAUACCACACAGCGCGUAUAAACUGCGUGGCAUGGUCACCAGACAGUGAGAAGGUGGCGACAGGAUCACUGGACACAUGUGUAAUAGUGUACGAAGUGGAAAAGCCUGCGUCGUCACGGAUGACCAUAAAAGGAGCUCACUUGGGCGGAGUUUACGGCCUCGCUUUCACCGACGACUCCCAUGUCGUGAGUUCUGGCGAAGAUGCUUGCAUCCGUGUCUGGAACUUGACCUCCCUUUAGAUCGGAGGUAACCCAUGAAAAUCCUUCAGCAAGUUUCCUUUUUUGUAACCUUUCAUCGUAUCUUGUGGAGAUUUUGAUCUCCGUUUGGUGGUAGGCUUUUGUGUGUGUCUUUGCUAUGUCCAUUGUUGGGUUUGAAAAUCUUUGUGAAAGUGUGUUUUGGGAUGGAAUAUUUAAAGCCAAGUUAUGGAAGAGGAUGCCAGCCAGUGUGAUCUCUGAACUAUUUACCGUUUGUAUUUGUAUACAAACUACAAAAUGGCAUUGUGAGCUUCUUUGUCCCGUUUUCAA